UCUACUCUCUAUUGGCUGAAAUUCUCCGCAACAUCCUCUUCUCUCUACCCCAAUCCAAUUGGUCGAGCCUUCGCUUAAGCGUUUGUGUGUGGUAGUCGGUUCCAUCUUAAUCCCGCCCAUCAGCUCUGCUUUAGGGUUCGAUAACCUAGGGAGGAGCUUACUCAGCGACCACGCCUCGGCAGUGCUAGUCACACCCCCAAGUUUUGUCAGCUCCUCCCCCUCAUUCCUGGCCUCUCGGGAUCAGCUGUUCCUAUUGGCUCUAGGCCCCAUCGGUCGAUAGAAAUCGGGCGGUGAUUGGCAAGGGGGCGGGCCCUGCUUCCCGGCGGGGUCCUGCGGAGUUGGCGGACGCUCCUCAGGGACUGGGGGGAUCGAUCUGCGUAGAAGCGGGUGGCGGGGAAGAGAGGGGAGGAGAGCUCUGAGUGGGAAGCGGAGCCAGGGGCCUGGGACCCGUCGCGUCAGAGCCAGGCAAGUGAACCGGAGCAAACGACUUCCGAUCCAGUCUGCGCUGCUGCGGCUCCCGUUUGGAAUUUGAUUUGCAGCAUCUUCGAGCCUCUACGACAAAAAACCGCGAAGGACGCCCAGCCCUCCCCCGGCACCCCGAUACGCACCCACUCCCUCCCGGGGACACAGCUGGGCGCGUCCACACCCCCGCACCCCCACACCAUGUUGUGCGGAAGGACUUCCACUCCCCGCCUGUGUCGUUGAUGUCAGACCCCAGGCCAGCCUCCGGGCGCUGCAGUUCUCCCGGCUAAUGCUGAGGCUGCGGCUCCGGCUCUAGCACAGGAACCAGCAGCCGCCCCACUCGGCCCCAGCGCCCACCGUCUGCAUGUGCCCGUCGUAGCCGCCUGCCCACUCCGCAGCUCGCGCUCCACGGAGCGCUGGAGACCACCGCGGGGGCCCCUUCUGCUCUCAGGAGAAGCGAUCUUGGAGGUAUUGAUUUCGGUGGUUGGAUUUUUCCCGUGGAUCUAUCAACUCACAGUUCGAAUUUGGAAGAAAGAAGGAAAACAUGACGUCUCCAGCCAAAUUCAAAAAGGAUAAGGAGAUCAUAGCAGAGUACGAUACUCAGGUCAAAGAGAUCCGUGCUCAACUCACAGAGCAGAUGAAAUGCCUGGACCAGCAGUGUGAGCUCCGGGUGCAGCUGUUACAGGACCUCCAGGACUUCUUCCGAAAGAAGGCCGAGAUUGAGAUGGACUACUCCCGCAACCUGGAGAAACUGGCUGAGCGCUUUCUGGCCAAGACGCGUAGCACCAAGGAUCAGCAAUUCAAGAAGGAUCAGAAUGUUCUCUCUCCGGUCAAUUGCUGGAAUCUCCUCUUAAAUCAGGUGAAACGGGAGAGCAGGGACCACACAACCCUGAGUGACAUCUACCUGAAUAAUAUCAUUCCUCGAUUUGUCCAAGUCAGCGAGGACUCAGGAAGACUCUUUAAAAAGAGUAAAGAAGUCGGACAGCAGCUCCAAGAUGAUUUGAUGAAAGUCCUGAACGAGCUCUACUCGGUCAUGAAGACAUAUCACAUGUACAAUGCCGACAGCAUCAGUGCUCAGAGCAAACUAAAGGAGGCGGAGAAGCAGGAGGAGAAGCAAAUUGGUAAAUCAGUAAAGCAGGAGGACCGGCAGACCCCACGCUCCCCUGACUCCACAGCCAACGUUCGCAUUGAGGAGAAACAUGUUCGGAGGAGUUCAGUGAAGAAGAUUGAAAAGAUGAAGGAGAAGCGCCAAGCCAAGUACACGGAGAAUAAGCUGAAGGCCAUUAAAGCCCGGAAUGAGUAUUUACUGGCUUUGGAGGCAACCAAUGCAUCUGUCUUCAAGUACUACAUCCACGACCUGUCUGACCUUAUUGAUCAGUGUUGUGACUUAGGCUACCAUGCUAGCCUGAACCGUGCUCUGCGCACCUUCCUCUCUGCUGAGUUAAAUCUGGAACAGUCGAAGCAUGAGGGUCUGGAUGCCAUCGAGAAUGCAGUAGAAAACCUGGAUGCCACCAGUGACAAGCAGCGCCUCAUGGAGAUGUACAACAAUGUCUUCUGCCCCCCUAUGAAAUUUGAGUUUCAGCCACACAUGGGGGACAUGGCUUCCCAGCUCUGUGCCCAGCAACCUGUCCAGAGUGAGUUGGUGCAGAGAUGCCAACAGCUGCAGUCUCGCUUAUCCACUCUAAAGAUCGAGAAUGAAGAGGUAAAGAAGACAAUGGAGGCCACCCUGCAGACCAUCCAGGACAUUGUGACUGUCGAGGAUUUUGAUGUGUCUGACUGCUUCCAGUACAGCAACUCUAUGGAAUCCGUCAAGUCUACAGUCUCUGAAACCUUCAUGAGCAAGCCCAGCAUCGCUAAGAGGAGAGCCAACCAGCAAGAGACAGAGCAGUUUUAUUUCACAAAAAUGAAGGAGUACCUGGAGGGAAGGAAUCUCAUCACCAAGUUACAAGCCAAGCAUGACCUUCUGCAGAAAACCCUGGGAGAAAGUCAGCGGACAGAUUGCAGUUUAGCCAGGCGUAGCUCCACCGUGAGGAAACAGGAUUCUAGCCAGGCAAUUCCUCUGGUGGUAGAAAGCUGUAUCCGGUUUAUCAGCAGACACGGACUACAGCAUGAAGGAAUUUUCCGCGUGUCGGGAUCCCAGGUGGAAGUGAAUGACAUCAAAAAUGCCUUUGAGAGAGGAGAGGACCCUUUGGCGGGGGACCAAAAUGAUCAUGACAUGGACUCCAUAGCUGGUGUCCUGAAGCUUUACUUCCGGGGGCUGGAACACCCUCUCUUCCCCAAGGACAUCUUUCAUGACCUGAUGGCCUGCGUCACAAUGGACAACUUGCAGGAGAGAGCUCUGCACAUCCGGAAAGUCCUCCUGGUCCUGCCCAAAACCACUCUGAUUAUCAUGAGAUACCUCUUUGCCUUCCUCAAUCAUUUAUCACAGUUCAGUGAAGAGAACAUGAUGGACCCCUACAACCUCGCCAUCUGCUUCGGGCCCUCGCUGAUGUCAGUGCCGGAGGGCCACGACCAGGUGUCCUGCCAAGCCCACGUGAAUGAGCUGAUCAAAACCAUCAUCAUCCAGCAUGAGAACAUCUUCCCAAGCCCCAGGGAGCUGGAGGGCCCUGUCUACAGCAGAGGAGGAAGCAUGGAGGAUUACUGUGAUAGCCCUCAUGGAGAGACUACCUCGGCUGAAGAUUCAACCCAGGAUGUGACCACAGAGCACCACACAAGUGAUGAUGAAUGUGAGCCCAUUGAGGCCAUUGCCAAGUUUGACUACGUGGGACGGACAGCCCGAGAGCUGUCCUUCAAGAAGGGGGCAUCUCUGCUGCUUUACCAGCGGGCUUCUGACGACUGGUGGGAAGGCCGGCACAAUGGCAUCGACGGACUCAUCCCCCAUCAGUACAUUGUGGUCCAAGACACCGAGGACGGUGUCGUGGAGAGGUCCAGCCCCAAGUCUGAGAUUGAGGUCAUUUCUGAGCCACCUGAAGAAAAGGUGACAGCCAGAGCGGGGGCCAGCUGUCCCAGUGGGGGUCAUGUAGCCGAUAUUUAUCUUGCAAACAUCAACAACACUUUACAUCUUGAGAACUCAAAGCCCAUGACCAUCAAGCAAAGGAAGCGUCCAGAAUCUGGAAGCAUCCGGAAAACAUUUCGGAGUGACAGCCAUGGGCUGAGCAGUUCCCUGACUGAUUCCUCUUCCCUGGGGGUGGGGGCUAGCAGCCGCCCAUCCUCCCAGCCCAUCAUGAGCCAGAGUCUCCCCAAGGAAGGCCCAGAUAAAUGUUCUGUCAGUGGGCACGGGAGCCUCAACUCUAUCAGCCGCCACUCAUCCCUGAAGAAUCGACUGGACAGUCCACAGAUCCGGAAGACUGCCACAGCAGGAAGGUCGAAAAGCUUCAAUAACCAUCGGCCCAUGGACCCUGAGGUCAUUGCACAGGAUAUUGAGGCAACAAUGAACUCGGCCCUGAACGAGCUGCGGGAGCUAGAGCGGCAGAGCAGCGUCAAGCACGCCCCUGACGUGGUUCUGGACACCUUGGAGCCCCUCAAAACCUCCCCAGUGGUGGCCCCCACGUCGGAGCCCUCCAGCCCCCUGCACACCCAACUCCUCAAGGACCCGGAGCCUGCCUUCCAGCGCAGCGCCAGUACUGCUGGGGACAUCGCCUGCGCCUUCCGGCCUGUCAAGUCUGUCAAGAUGGCUGCCCCGGUCAAACCACCAGCCACACGGCCCAAGCCCAGUGUCUUCCCCAAAACAAAUGCCACUAGCCCUGGUGUCAACUCAUCAGCUUCCCCACAGUCCACUGACAAGUCUUGUACUGUCUGAGGGAUAUAAUUUAAUUGUUCUAGACAAGGGGACUAUAGGGACUGACUGUUAUUAAAAUCUUCCUAUUUAACUAGCUUGGGGACUUCAGUUGAAAAUUAGAUUCUAAGUUGUUCUUGCAGGAAUUAGCCUCCCCAUCACCCAAAACCCUGAGAAUGAAGCCCUCAUUAUCACCUCUCCCUUUCUUCCCCUGCCCUCUGCUUUCCCCCAGUCGUUGUUGUAAUCCAGCCAGCUGCAGUACAUACUGUUCGUAGGUUAGCCAGAGACAGUUUUUCAUUAUCAGGUCACUGUGAAAUCUGGCAAGGCAAAUCAUGAGGACGUGGGCUCAAGUCUCAGUCCUCUUAGGCCAUGGGGAUGCCUUGACCAGAUGGCUGGCUACUGCCAUCCAGCUCUCAGUGGCAUCUUGUUUUGGGUACUGAUUAUAGAGAAUCAUAUAUAGUCUGUUCUUCAUUUUACACACACACGCACGCAUGUGCGCGUGCAGUUUUUUCUAGUCUCUGGCAUGUGUAGCCUCUCCUGGUCAUAGACCAGUCUCUUUGUAAGUUAUUGUGGCAGUUCACACAGAAGCCACCAGAGGUCUCUGUUUCCGUUACAAACUUUGUUCUGUCUGGGCCAGAGAACCUAGCCUUUGGUCUCGCUCCAUCACCUGAAAUUUCGCAGGAUGGAACAAUCCUGUAACCUGUUUGGGGUUGGGGGUUUUCUCUCUGUCUUUUCUGUUGGUGUGAAUUGGUCAUUGGUGUUUGCUCUUGCUCUCCUCCAUCCUCUAGAAGUACACCCCAGUCUUAUUAAGGAGCUUUUAAAGUUUUUCUUGAAUGUAUAGACAAAAUUUCUCGGGUUCCUAUCUUUGUCUCUGAUGGACCAUUUUCCAUUUAAGACAUUUUCCUGUAUAAGACAGUUUUAUAGCUGGUUCCUUUUAGGGUAAAGAGUCUUAAGAGAGUUUUACUGUAUUUAUGGCAGGUUUGAAAAAGGUAAGAAAUGGGUCCUUCUUCCUCCUCCUAUUUUUGCACUUAAAACAUAAAAUUAAUUAUCCUAUUAAAAAAACUAAAUUCAGCUUUGCUAACCCCAAAACUAUUCCCAAAUGAAAACUUCUUAUAAGUUUACCCCCUAGUUUGGUUGUUUUACAAGGUCUCUUCAGGGACCAAAUGGGGCUUGAAGAGGCUUAGUUAAAUUAAAGAGAAAUUGCCCCUUAAAACCAGUUUCCAUUUCUUCGAACAAGAACAAUUAAGGAAACCUUGACCCUACAAGCUCUAAAGUCUUCUAAGGCUGGAAUCUAAAGAAAAUUAAUAAUUGGAUGCUGAA